AAUCUUCCUGCUAUAAUUCCUGUACACUCCGAAUCACCAUCUGUGUGACUUGCACAUCCUGUCGCUACGAUCGUGGUUCCGUCGACGUACACGUACAUCAACACAGGUCAAGCUGCACAAUGGCUCAGCAAGGAGGCACAUAUCGUAUUUCAACUGGGAAUGAUGCUCAUAAGAGUACCAGAUCUUCACUUCGGGCUUCUAUCUACGAGAACAACAACUUUGGAGAUGGACAAGAUUCUGUAGCAGAAGGCAAAGCUGAGAGCCAGAGCUCCAAUGGUAGUCCUCAAUCAAUCGAUGUCGCAAGGCAAUCCAAUAUUUCCGUAUCGCCCCACGAUAACAAUCGCGACAGUCGGCAAUGGGAGGUUUUGCCUCAUCCACAAGCAGAAGAAUAUACAGAGGAACCCUUAGGGAUGGCAGGAGGUAUCUCAAGUCAAUUUGACUUCCAAUUCGGCUGGGGAAGCUGGAAAUUUUCUUUGUUCAACUGGGAUCUGAAUGUUAAUCGCGCGAAGGACCGGAAGGACCGGAAGGACUAGUUUUCGCAGUCGCUAUGGGAAUUACUGCCCAAUUUCGUAGGGUGAGCGAACAGCAGAACGUAACAUUUAGAUAUUAGAGUAUAAAACCAGAUAAGAGUGAUG